CUGCCGCCGCCGCCGCCGCGAGGCAGAGGAAGCGCCCUCGUUGGGCGGCCCAGCCCCGGAGCUCUCGAGACACCCAAAGGAAAGACCAGCAGCGGGACGGAGGCCUCCGGGAGGCGAACUGGCGAUUGCUUCCUUCCGUGAGCUUCACAACAGCCCCGCAGGGUCGGCCAAGGCCAACUGCGCCCCCGCAUGGCCACGGCAGCUCGGCUCCCUUCUUCCGCCCGCGGCCGCCCCUUUGGGCCAGCGGGCGUUCCCGGCGCUGCCCUGGUGGCCAAUGGCAGCGCGCCCCAGGUCCGUUUCCAGGACGCCGCGCCCCCUGCGCGCCCCCAUUGGGCGGAUCGAACGCGAGCGCGGCGCCGAUUGGCUGAGCCGCCCUCGCUUUGCAACAUUCAAACUUCGGCCGCUGCGGAGAAGGAGCCGGGCGAGCCGCCGCAGGAAGCAGCCGCCGCAGCCCCCGCCCCGCCCCCCGAGUGGCCCACCAUGGCUUCGCAGAACACCGACCCCGCCGCCGGCGCCUCGGCGGCCACCGCCCCACGGAAGGCGGCCGAGCCUGGCAGCGGCCCCGCCCGCGGCUCGGUCCGCAGCAGGCUGCAGCAGGAGCUGAUGACCCUCAUGAUGUCUGGAGAUAAAGGGAUCUCUGCCUUUCCUGAGUCAGACAAUCUGUUCAAGUGGAUUGGGACCAUUGAUGGAGCAACUGGAACGGUGUAUGAGGACCUCAGGUACAAGUUGUCUUUGGAGUUUCCCAGUGGCUACCCCUACAAUGCCCCCACUGUCAAAUUCCUCACCCCCUGCUACCACCCCAACGUGGACCUGCAGGGGAACAUCUGUCUAGAUAUCCUCAAGGACAAGUGGUCGGCCCUCUAUGAUGUCCGGACCAUCCUGCUCUCCAUCCAGAGCCUGUUGGGAGAGCCCAACAUCGAGAGCCCCCUCAACAUGGAUGCUGCAGAGCUCUGGAAGAACCAGCCAGCCUACAAGAAGCGCCUCCAUGAGUGCUACGCAAAGCAAGUGAAGAGCCAGGACACCUGAUCCCGCCUGCUGUGCCCACCCUGGGGGUGCGAGUUCUUCCCCUCCCUCUCCCGAGUCUUUGUCUGCUCUGUAUAUGAAUGUCACGCUGUAUUAUAGGCCCCUUUUUAAAUUUUAUUUGGCAUUUCGCCCUGCUGGUUAAUGUAUAAAUAAACCGUGGAUUUGUGUUUUUUCUAAA